UUUCAAUAGAUAGAAACAGCAAAAGCAAAAAAAUUAAGAAAAAGCGAUUUGUAAAUUUAAGAAACUUAUGGAAACUAGCAAACCACAAUCGUCGAAGCUUUUUGUAUAUUCCCCAAUCGAUUUCCGUGAUAAAACAGAGGAACGAUAUGAACGAGCAUUUUCGAGUCUACAAAAUACCCUUCAUGGACCAAACGCUAAGGAACUCAACAUUACCAUAACAUCAAUGAUUUCGCAGGAUAUUAAGCAACAGGAGGAGCUUCAAUUGUCAUUUAUCUACUUAAUGUUAACUGAUACUCAACUAGCUGGGUCUGCAUUAAGGGAUCUUCUCAUAGUGACCAGAGAUGGUUUAGAAUUCAUUAUAAUUCACUUGACAGACUUGAUUAAUGCAAAGUUCCAAAAAUUGGCUGAAGUUGCUAAACAUCAAGUGUUGUGGCUGUUCAAAGAGCUUCUUAAAUCGUACGGUUCGAACCAGAAAAUUAAUGGGUUUUUAUGGGCUCUGCUAAGACAAGCUUGUGGUGGAGAUGUCAGUCCAAAGAAUAUUGCAUGGAUAGAAGGUAUUCUGGAUAUACUAAUAGAGCACAGACCUAGAUUUGACAAAUUCCCUAACAGUGUUGGUCUCGUCACCUAUUCAUACGUUCGUUUGAUUGAAGAUCAUGGUGCAUUACACUUACAAACACUCCGGAAUAAGGAAGUUAAGUUUAUAAUUAGUUUAAUUCGGGAAAGAUUUCAAGAUAUAAUCCCGCUUGGACGUGAUUUCAUAAGAUUACUGCAGAACGUUGCACGCAUUCCGGAAUUUAAUAAGCUAUGGAACGAAAUAUUGACAAAUCCGAAGAAUCUAUCGCCCUCAUUUACUGGAAUCUUUCAAAUGCUCUCAACUCGAACAAGUCGUCAUUUUAUUGGAAAUAGAAUAACUCCAGAUAUUGAGAGUAAGCUUCAUUUCUUCACAAGUUCAGUCAAGUUUGGGAAUCAUAAAAAAUAUCAAGAUUGGUUCCAAGAUCGAUAUUUUGCCACUCCUGAAUCACAAAGCUUAAGAUCUGAUGUCAUUCGUUACAUCAUUAAUGCAAUUCACCCAACAAACGAGCUUUUAUGUUCAGACAUUAUUCCACGAUGGGCAAUUUUAGGCUGGCUACUUACAUCUUGUACCAAUCCAGUAGCAUUAACAAAUGCAAAAUUAGCAGUCUUUUAUGAUUGGCUAUGUUUUGAUCCAGCACGUGACAAUAUUAUGAAUGUAGAACCUGGCAUUUUAGUCAUGUAUCAUUCAAUUAAGAAUGUCCCAAUGGUUAGUAGUACGCUGCUAGAUUUCCUUUGUCGAAUUAUGAAGAAUUUCUAUCCAAAAGGAGAGGAACGAAUAAGAGCCGGAGUGUAUAGUUCACUUAAAGUAAUUUUAGAUAAACAAGUCAUUCCGAAUCUCGUACCAUUAUUUGAGUCGCCAAAAUUGGAUCGUGAUUUGCGUGCAAUGAUUCGUGAGAAUUUUAGAGAAUUUAUGCCAACGACACCAACUUUUAGCGUUUUAGAGACUCAAAAUCAUUUUGGUGCUGACGAUGGACGGCCAUCAAAAGUUAACAAUAAUAUUGAGAUAAAAAUGGAGGAAUUGGAUAAAUCAGAUGAUCUACGGUUUAGCGAUGAGGAGAUAGAUGAUAAAAAGCUGAAGAUUGAAUGCCCGAGCGACAAUGAGGAUGAAGAGGCUCCAGUUAAUAACGAUAAAGAGGAUGAGGAAGAAGAAGUCGAUGACAACGACGACGAUGAGGAUGACGAUGAUUUACCAUUGUCAAAAGUACGGCUGAAAGAAAAGCCUUUGCCUGAUAAAACAGAAUUGCCUAGUUCAAUUAAGGAGACAUUUAUGACGUUUAUUAGCACAAAAACACUUGAUGACUUUGAGAGCUUCCUAGAUGAUUAUCGCUCGCUCUCGUCUAGUGAACAAUUGGAUUCGGAACAGGAAGCAUAUGUUUUUGCGAAUAUACUAAGUGUAUUUAAAUCAACAUUACCCGAAAAAUGUGAUUUAGGUGAAUACGAAAAUGUCCAUAUGCUGGAUGAUUGUUAUGAUAAUAACGAGAAAUUGGAACAGAAAUUAGAACAAUCAAUAAAUUAUCCUUUAUAUGGCAUUUACAAGGCUCUUUGUCAGCAUGAUGAGAAGGCCAAAAAGUGCCUCGUUAUUCCUAAAAUUUUAGACUUUUGUCAUUCGAAAUUAUCCAGCAUGGGCUUCUUACUCCUAUACUACCUCAAAGUUAAUGCGAAAUUAGCAUUGUUAAAGAAUCAAAAAGUGCCGACAACAUUUCGUUCAAACGUUUAUAAAUUAUAUUAUCAGUGGUUGAAUCCAAAACCAAACCAAAAAGUUGACAUGGAGGAAUGUCUUGAAAAAGAUCUUGAGUUACUCGAACAUUAUAGUCUCAAUGUAUUUCUAUGGAUCAUAUCUGACAUAUAUCGUGAAUUUGAACAGUAUACAGUUAAUAAUAGUGAUAUUCUUAAGAUUCUUGUUGGAUGUAUUGAUGCUAAAAAUCUCCAUGACCUCAUAUGUGACAUUACACAGGGAAAACUUGUCCUGUUUAAAAAUGAUACCGUAAUCGAUGUCAUUCGCGACAGCUUAGAGUAUGAGACUUUCGAGCAAAUGUGCUUUUGGCAACUCCUGCAAGCGCACGACGUACCUAUCGAAAAGAUCCAGGAUAUGAUUCCGGAACUCGAAUCCAAUAAUAAUGAAGCACUGAUAAAUAUGUUAUUCAUAUUGAAGAAAGAGGAACCAACAGAGGAGCUUAUAAAGCUAUUACUUAGUAGAGAAACUUCCCGCGGUGAUCCUUUCGUAACUUCAGCUUUAAAACAUUGGUGCAUGAUGGAGUAUGAGAGUCAAUUAUCGGAAAUUAUAGCUAAUUUAUUAAUAUCGAAAAUAUCACAAAACUCACCCAAAAAGCGCGCAAGAUCGCUUAAAUCCAAUAGUCAGUCAAACAGUGGACCAUCCGCAGAACAAGUAAGACAAUUUUGUAAAUUUUUCUUGAUAUCGUUUAAUUUAAUUAAUUCAAUUUCUUGUAGUUGUUAAAUCACUUAGAACAUUUAAGGAAAUGUUGCUCAUACGUUAACAAUAGCAAUGUCACAGCAAUGUAUGUUCACGAGAAAAUGCAAAGAGCACUACAGCAAGCAUUCGCGCAUUGUGAUGAUCGUCAGAAGAAGCAGUAUAGCGAACUGUUCUCAUUAGCCGUUGAAGAUGACACUACAGUAAGUCGGCGUGGUGCAAGCAGUCGAGGAAGAAAGCCACAGGCAAAGAAGGAAACAAAUUCAAAUAGUACAGCAGCGAACAAAAAGGCAGUAGAAGCUAGCAAUAGUAAAUAUUCGUCUGACUCUGAGUCUGAUGAUGACAGAAGUAGUAAAUCUCAAAAAGCACAGCCAGCCAAAAGAAGAAAAAAGAUCACCCAACUUAGUGAUUCUGAGUGAUGUCAACUAUACGAUAUCGAGUGUACAAAUUUCUAAGGAAUGGAAACAAUAUCAAAAAUCACACAAAGAAGCACUCAAAUGUUAAAUGUCAGUUUUAAAAAAAAUGUAAACGUUUAGGUUAAACUAUAGUUUUUAUAAUGGCAAAAAUCAAGAGAAUUUUAAGUGGAUGAAUACAUUAUUUGUAAGAGAAAGUGAAAGAAAAUAAAUCAAGUAUUAG